UCCUUUCCCGUCUUGGUCCCUACGGCCCUAAGCCGCCUCUUUUGACGCUAUCCUAUGCUCUAUCUUUCCAAUCUCCUCCACUUCUUCACCUUCUCUAGAGCAUCUUGCCAGGUUUUCUGACCUCAAAGGUGACACACAGCUAGUGUCUUUGUUGUUAUUUUGAGACAGACUCACAUAACCCAGGCUGGCCUUGAUCUCCUUGUGUCCCUGCUGGGAUUAGAGGCUCGUGCCAGCAGGCCACGACUAUGUGGUGUUGGGGAUCAACCCCAGGACUUUAUGCAUGCUAGGCUGAGCCACACCCAGAGAUCUCACAUCUAGGGGCUUGAUGCAUUCACACUGGCACCGUGCACCUGAAGCCGAGUCCAGAAGUGGACCAACCCUUCCACUGUCUUGACCUCUGUCUUUUUCUCUGCAGGUCCUUCGGACUGUGUCUUCCUCCGGAUUCUACCCACGUAGUUGCAGUUGUCCCUUGGCUCCCAAGGGACAGCUCUCAUUCCCCAUUUCCCUACGUCCCUGGCGAACGGCUAAGAAAAAUUGAAGAGCCAAGCUUAGAGGCAGGCUCCGGACAGAGCACGUCAGAGUCAAGCGGAAGAGGCGUCGUGCUCCCUUGGCCUGCUGCUGACGCCUGCAGCAAAACUAAGCAGCAGCCACGCUGCUGAUCACCAGCCACAACUGGCCUCAGAGAUCCCCACACUGACUCUGUUAGGUCUCUACUCACUGGUCUUGUUGCCCCACCCACUUUUUUUUCCCGGAUUCCAGGCAAUGUUGCCUCAAAACAAGGACCACCAGGUGCCCUUACAGAACGCAGUGCCCCCAGGGUGUUCCCCUCAGGUCCUCUCACAAUUUGUGGACUCCCGUCCAUCCAACUUAGCGUCUCUCUCUCCCCAUCUGACCCUCCCUCCUUCCCACCUACCUUUGCCCUCUCCCUCACAGGCCUAUUCCCCCGUCUCCUCGUCGCCCCAGUCCCGCUCUCCUGGGCCUCACUUAUACUCUUCGGACUCCAACUCUGACUUUGUCCCUCUUCCCUCCUCUUCCUCUCUCCCAAGUCCCCCCACUUUCUUUGGCCAAAACUGCUCUCGUCUCCCCUCUCCGCACACAUCCUCUCCCCGCAACGACGGGCUGUGCCUCUCUCCUCCCCUUAGCAGCUCCUCUUCUCUUUCCCAGCUGCAGAAUUCCUCUCCUGGCUCUUGCCAGUCUCCUUCCCACCUCCAGGACCUUCACAAUUCCACCAGGGUCACUUCCCCCAGCCCCAGCGUACCUUCUCCAGGGAUUCCCAGUCACAAACAAACAGGGCAGGGGCCGCCAUCCGGAAACACCAGGUCCCCUGGGGCGGCAGAGGGAUGCAUGGCAAGCAAGUUGGACCCUGCAGAAUUCCAGGACCCAGAGGCCCUCGCCCAAGCGCUAGCGCUCCUUGUGGGGCGCCGCAGAAUUGCCCGAGACCUGAAGAUACUGUUUCUGCAGCACCUCUGGCUAGGCACAACCGGCCAGCCUCCAAUCGUGGAGUACCCCAUUUGUCUAGCGUGCCUCCAGCCCCGCACCCCGUCUUGCCCCACCCCCAAGCACAAGACUGAGCCGAGGCUGCUUGCCUUCCCUCAACUACUGCCCCGUGCAGAGGGCCAGGAAUCUGGGCCUCUCCGCUUAGGCAUUGGCUUCAGCCUCCGCUUGCCUCCUGGCCAGGCCAAAGCCUUGCAUCUGCUCCCAGAAAAAAAAGCGGCAGGAAGCAAGGCGUCCCAGGAGGUCCUCCGGAGCCAAAGGCCUGCACCCCAGGUACCAGCAGCUCAAGUCACAGGCACACUCUCCCGGGAGGAGAGCCUCAGGUCUGCAGGCCUCCAAUCAACAAAAUCCAACCAGUGUUUCAGGUCUUCACCUCAGGCACCAAGACGGGUCACUGUCUCCCCAAAGCCCCGGUCGUGUCCUGUCCCAAGGAGGUCUGUGUCUCCAGAAUCUAUUCCCCAAAAGUUGCCAUUUUAAUUCCAGAGCAACGGAGACCCUCUGGAACACCCCCUUCAAACCCCACCCUCUCUACCAGGACUUCUCAGACCUUGGGAAGUCACAGAAACACCUUGAAGGGCUGGCUGGCCGGAGGCCAGGUGUGUUCUCCUGCCUUGAACCCUGGGA